GGACGCCAUUUGGGUGUGUCAUCCAGGUCGACGGCGUUGGUGGAUCGUUAGUUUUGCACUGUUUCAGUGUUCCCCCGUUGUCAAAUAGUGCACUUCAUCUCGCUCUCUUUCAGAGUUUGCUGCUCCUGGUGGAUGCGGGAAUCAUUGUGGGAAGUUUGAAGCCAUGGCGCUGGAACUGGUUGAGGGGUAUCGGUGGGUGGUAGCUGCGGUCGUUGUCAAUGUUAUUCUUAAUCAAUGGAUGGGGAUAAUGGUUGGAAAGGCUCGCAGGAGGUUCAAUGUACCCUACCCGACAAUGUACGCCAGCGAAAAAGAACACAAGGAUGCCAAGGCUUUCAAUUGCGUUCAGCGAGCUCACCAGAAUAAUCUAGAAUUCAUGCCGUCUUUCUUGGUUGUCCUCAUCCUAGGCGGCCUGCAGUAUCCCCUAGUUGCAGCAUCCCUUGGAACUAUCUACGCUUUGGCACGUAUUCAGUAUUUUAGGGGUUACUCCAGUGGUGACGCUAAGAAACGGUUUUCGGGUGGCGGAGCAGUCAUCUUUCCAGCCUAUUUCGGUCUCAUAAUCUGUACAAUCUGUUUGACUCUUCACCAGUUCUUCCCAGAUCUGGUUUAAGUAUAUCUCUUAAUGUUUAGCCAUGAUGCUUCGCUGAUCAAGCACGUAGACUUCGAGCGUCGGAACAAGUCUUAGUUCAUUGAAUUUUGUCGGUCGAGCUCAAUGAAGCCGCCAGACACCAACAGGUCACAUGUCAAGAGGCACUGGUAGCAGUGAAACCACGCUUGCAAUCUUCGUUGAUCAAGAAAUAGAAGAAAUUAUCUCUUUCUAUGUUUUUC